AUAUUCCUCCCUCCUUUUCAUCUAUUGCAAAAAUGUUUGGGAGGCUUUAAAAAAGGGCACAGAAGUCCCCUUGAAUCUGAUGAAGGUCUGACCCCCUUAGAUUCCAUUUAUAGCCUGACUCGGAUGACAUCCCCCUUGACUAGCAAACUGUCCAAUCCAGCUGCAAGUGUCAAGAUUGUAUUAGGCACUAAGUGAAAUAUAUAUAUGCCCUUAUGGUGUUCAACACACUGGGUCUACCUCCAAGGCACCGGGCUGUAGAUCAUCCCCACCAUCUGCUGCUCCUCAUCCAGGAAUCUCUUAUAAGGGUUUUUUGGGGCACCUUUUAACUUAAAAAAGAAAGAAAAGAAAAUGGCACCAAAGAAAGAUGCCAAGAAAGCAGCUGCACCUGCCGCUGCACCUGCACCUGCCCCAGCACCAGCACCAGAACCAGCAAAACCCAAAGAAGCAGCAAUUGAUCUCUCCAGCAUCAAGGUAAAUGGAUGGACUUAUGUGGUCACUGAAGCUAGAAAAAACAGGUGCAUUAUCUUAUUCAAAUCUGGAAGAGUAUUUUUGGCUGGUCUUACUUAUGGCUUGGGGCAUUUUUUUCUGAAAUACUUACAGCUUAUGUGUAUUUUUUUUUAAAGGCACAGCAAAUAUUUAUUUCAGUAGCCGAACUUGGCAUGUUAGAAAACAAAAACCUAUGGCGGUGUUUUUGUUUUUGAUUCUGGUGUCUAAUCUAUUUCAAUUUGGCCUGAAUCAGAGCUUUCUCAGUUAAAUUUGUCUGUGCUUACCUUGUCAGAUAAAUCAAAAAUCGUAUAAACAAAAUUCACAGCAGAUUUGCAAUUAAUUAAAUUAAGCACAUCUCCCUCCUUUUUAAUAAGGGUUAAUUAGUGUGCAAUUUUUAUUCUGAAAUUAUUAUUAUAUAUAUAUAUAUAUAUAUAUAUAUAUAUAUAUAUAUAGUUAUCAGCUGACUAGCCAUUCAUUCUGGAUAUAUUGCUUUGCUUAUUGUUGAUGUGAAAGAAAAAUAGCAACCCAGUUCAUUUCCUUUAAGCUUUAAAAUUGGGUCAGACUCAAACUUGGAUGUGAGAUUAAAAGAGAAGCUGACAUGUUUCAGUGACUACAUCUUUCAUCUCUGUGGUUCAUGAUUUGCAAAUUGCAGUGACAUGAAAAUCCUUUUGAGAGUUUUUACUUUUUCAGAGUUGAUGCAUGCCACCGUUUAGUUGUUGCAUGCUGGCAUUAAAUGUUAUGCAAUGCAGUCACUAUUUUGCCCAGGAUUUUACCUCAAAGUGUGAUCUGCAAGGAAGCCGUCUGCCUGUGGAAUGAAGCCAGAGGGACAGACCCAGCUGGAUACAUUCCCUGAGUGACUAAGUAGAGCGUCAUCUCGCCACCUAUAAGCCCUUUGAUUGAUCACAGUACCAAUUUAGGAAACUCUGCUUAAGAAAUGAAGCCUAAUAUGGCAAGUUAAACAGUGAAAAAUGCUGUAAGGGUGGGCAAGAAUUUUGAUACUGUAGCUCUCUAUUUGAACCACCAGGUCCCUCUAGGGAACUCUUAAUCAUUUUAAGCUGGCAAAUGUGGCUUACUUUGCAAUACUAUCGCUGCAUGUUUCCUCGCAAGUAAGUGCCACUGCCUUCAGUGGGGCCCACUUCCAGCAAGUAAGUAUGAUUAGGAUUUCAGUCUUACAGAGUCCUCCAUGACUAAUCCUGAAAUAGCACACUAAUCAGUACCAAAGUGUUGUUAGGUCUGAUUCUUUGACACCUAAAAAGCAAGCCACAGGGGUGCCAGAGUAAAAUCUAAGGGAGCAUUAUAUCUGCAUCACCUAAACAGUGAUACUAGACAUUUGAAAAACAAAAAGUCUCAAAACUGAACCGAGAGGAGACAGGGCUCCAACAAGACCAUCUGUGGCAUUUCCCCCCCAAUUAUAAUAGAUGGUGGAUUUCAUGUACACUGAGCUAUGAAGAAGAAUGUGGGCUGUAUUUUCCACUGAAGUAAUUUACAUUAGUUUCAAAGCUGCAUGUAUCCAAUUCAUUAGGAGAAAAUAGAAUUUUCAACUCUGGUGGCUCCGGUUAAUUUACCUUUACAUAAAUAUGCUUAAUGGUGUAUUUAUCAUCUGAAAGAUGGAAUACUGUAAUUUCAGCCCUCACAACAGCCCUGCAUGACCCUCUUCUUCAGACAUGAAAGCACUUUUCUAACUCAAGAGUGUCACUCUAGCGGCAGAGGUGGACCUUCAGUGACUGGCACCAGAGCUCCCUGCUUUUAUACCUAAUUAGCUAGCACACAAAAAAUGAAUAUUCCAAUUUAACUGGAAUACAGUAUGAGAGGAGAAACCUCUUGAAUUACUAAACAAACAUUUUGCAUUAUUGCCUCAUAAGACGUAGCCUUUUAGUUGAAAGUACUCUAUAUACACUGUCUCAGGAAUUCUUACGACAACCUUGUAACAAAAGUCAGUAUUUUUACCCUGAUGUGUGGGGACUGAAGAUGCGAGACCACCUAGUGAGUUCAUGGACAAUUUACCAAUUCAUAGCCCAUGCUCUUUAUCACUCACUCACUGCUGAAAGAGUAUUCCAUUUCUGAAGCAUAUGAUCCCUGUAAUCUCUGAACACUUGUAUCAAAUGUCUAAAUACAUUUGGACAAAGGUCUAAAUAACCAUUCUACAACAAAACUAGAUGUGAGAAAGCCGCCAUCCCAACUUACAAAUAACAGGGGUGGGAGGCAAUUGCACUCCCUUUCCUUAGAUGUACCCAGUCCUAAAACAAUAAUGGUUGGUUCCUGUGUUCUAGCCCUGUGCUCUGCUCAUAUGUCUUCUUACUUAUAUGGCCCUGUUCUUUACCACAUUUGAGACUCCUUAUCCUCACAAUACCCCAGUGAGGUAGCUGAAUAUUCUUAUCCUCAUAACUGAGGCCUGGACAGCCUCAUGGGGAUAAGGUCACCUCCUGAGAUAGUUGCCGUUCCAAGGAUUAGUGCUGGGAAUCUAGUCUCCAAGCCUAAGAACCAUCUUGAUGAAUAAAAUGCCCAGCACUGUAGCCAUUUGCAUUUUUUAGAACAUUUUUCUUGGACGUUCAGCCUAGACUCUCAAUCCAUCUCCCCCUCUCCCUGGGUGCUAUGUUCCGGAGUCCUUUCCAUUGGUACCCGAAGGAGCUGCAUUAGUGGCAUUUGCCACUGAAUAAAUUGAUCAAAAGCUAUAGUUUAUUGCUUCAACUUUGGGGAUUUAAGUUUCCAAGGCUUUGUCUGAGACCCAGCAGGCAAACAGAUGAUAGAGCUGAUUUAGCUGGAUUCUUUUUCAAUUUGGCUCUGUUCUGCAGCUUCCCUUCAGGCACCCUCACGCUGUUUAGUCAAGGAACCCUCAUAUGAACAGAUAUUUCCUUUCUCAAUGGAAACAAGAGUUUUCAAGCAACCGAUGAAGAAAUAUGCAGCCUUUCCCUACAACAGAAAAUCCCAAGUAACCAUUUGAAAACAGCCUUGACCCAGCACACUUUGUUGAUUCUUUUUAUUUAAAGCACUGCAUAAACUAUUUCCAGCUUCUCUUUAAAAUUUUGAACAUUAGUAGACAAUCCUCUGGUGGCUAAUAUUUGCUUAUCCAUAGCCUUUAAAUUCAGUUUUUUCUGAAGGGCAGUGCUAGAUGGCUUGCUUUCUAGCACCACCUGUUGGACAGUAAAGCUCUGACUGAUUUAAUGUGACACAUUCGCCUGACUGGAAACUCCACUAAUUUCUAAUACCCUGUCGUGUCAGUUACAGUACAUCUCAAAUCAAACCACUCUGUGAUGCAGCUCACUACAAAACAUAUCUGUUUAAUUGCCACUGACCUGACUUGGAAUAAAAUGCUUCUAUUAAAACGACUUGAUAUAAAAACACACCCGAGGAGCUCUGGGAGUGUGACAAAUAUUUCCUCUAUGUUUACCAUGUACAGCAGGUGAAAAUUCCACCUGCCUGCAGGUUCAGCCUCCUCUACAAAUCCCAGGUCAAAGUACCUUCAGUUGGCGCCCAGUGAGAAUAUGAUCAUUAACAGAAAAGGGCAAAAGGAACAUUGCUAGACCUUUGGGUUUAUCCUCAUUAUUAGGAAAGAUCCAGCAGGUGCCUAUUAUGGUGGAAGGAGGGACAGAGAGCGCAGAAGGAGACUUCUUAAGCUGCUCUGCUCCCACCUUCUCUGUGGGGCUUUCUUCCCCCAUAUGUUUCAAGGCCAGGUCAGUGAGUAAAGCAUCCUCCUUCGCUCUAUCCAUCCCUCGUCCUCUCCACAUCUCCUAAAGCAGGGGGAAGGGCAGCCUUUUUGCUCUUGAGGCUGCAUGGAUGGGUGGGGCCAGAUUCAAAUAGGGGUGGGGUCACCUCCAUUCCUCUCCCUACCACCAGAGGCGUACCUUGGUUCCCUUGCACCCUUGGCAAGAAGAUAAUCAGCCCCGCACCCCACCCCAGUCCCUUGCUCCCUUGGCAAGGAGCAAUGUUGGCACCUCCAAAGAGACUGUAAACCAGAAACCCAAAAAGUUUGCUUUUUGUUGCCUUUUGCAUUCCACCAGAGAUUUCCUCCAUCACCAUUGGCUUGGCUCCGCCUCUCCUCCUCUAGUCUGCCUGCCUGCCUUUCUGCUGCCUGCCGACUGGGGAGGGAGCCCCUUAGGGCUGCAGCGACGGCCCACACCAGUGACAGGAUUCCUCAGACGAUGCACCCAGAGGAGCUUGCACGUCUUGCCUGGCCACCCAGAGCAGCUCAGGGAGCACACAGACAGGUAGCCACUCUGAGCCAGAGUGGAGAGGCACAAUUUUUGUAUGCACACACACCAGUCCUGUGCCCUUGGUGGGGCCCAACCUGGUCAACCCCAUGUACACCUCUGCCUACCCCUCACAUGAAAUUAGGCCAAGUGUAAUACAAAUUUGGGCUGUGAGUGCAUAUGGCCCUAAAGGUGCAUGCUGCCCACCUGCAUCUUAAAGGGGGGGGCAGAGGAAGAGGAGUCUCCUUCCCUCUGCCUGCCCUGUCCUUUAGAAGAAUAGGCAAAAUUGUGUUAGCAGAAUACACAUGUACAUCUAUGUGGGUUUGGUGUCAGAGCUCUGCUGAUCACAUACACCUAAUUUCUGUUUCAAAGAAAGCAACAAUGAGUGAGUCGUAUCAGGAAAGUGUGUACUGCAGAUUUCCCUUAGUCCCACCCAAGCCACCCCACCCUCACAUCAGGACUCAGCAAGGGAUGCCUAGACAACAGGUCACCUUCACAUGCCAAUCUAAGUUGUCCCCAGUCUGGCCUUUCUCUGGAACCUGGUAUGGGGGUUUGAGAGGGUUCGGCUUCUUUGGUAGGGGUGUGAGGUAUCAGAGGAGGUGCUCUGGAGGCUGCAAGCAGGGAUGGACACUGUAGGAGACGUUCACCUCUCCCCCAGACACCCAAAGUUCAGGAAAGCAAACAUCCAUGGAAAGCAAAAAUGGGAAGUAAAGUGGUACCUUGGUUUACGAAUUUAAUCCAUUCUGGAAGUCCGUUCUUAAACCAAGGAGUGCUUUCCCACAGCAGUGGUGGACUCAAUUUACAAAUGGAACACAUGCAACAGGAAGCGAAACAUGUUCUGCUUCAAAAGCAAAGUUCACAACCCAAAACACCUACUUCCGGGUUAGCAGCAUUCUUAAUCCAAGUUGUUCAUAAACUAAGCUGUUCUUAAACCAAGGUACCACUGUAAUCAACUUUCAUAGAAAACCAGAUCUCUCCUCUAAUACUGUAUGCUGAAAGAGCAGCAUUGUCAGAAUGGACGUCUGAAACAACAUACUGAGCCUUCCUGUAGGAUAACGUCAAGCUGCUCCUGCUUGCCGCUGUCACCACUUGGUCACUUCUGCUCACUUACUGCUUCCCUCCCUCUGUAGCAAAUGCUGGUGGCAAAAAGGGGCAGAAGUGGCUUACCAGGGCCAUCACAUUAGACCAGGGUUUUUCAAACUUGGGUCUCCAGCUGUUUUUGGACUACAACUCCUAUCAUCCCUAGCUAGCAGGAAUAGUGGUCAGGGAUUAUGGGAACUGUAGUUCGAAGACAGCUGGAGACCCAAGUUUGGGAAACCCUGCAUUAGACCAAGAGAGAGCCUGUAGGGAUGCUCCAGAUGCUGGGGGCGGCAGUAGCUGAUCCUCUUUUUUGCCACUGCUGUCAGAUUUAGAAGGAAAGAACAGGUGGGGGAGUUGGUGCUGGCCCCAUGCAGAAGGGCAACAGCUGCUGCCACCAGCACGCAGCAGGAGUUUCGGGAGGCUCCUAUAAGCAGGGAGUCCAAUGACAGCAAUCCCUGACAGUGGACUUGCUCCUCCACCCUACCUUCUAAUAACGUAUUCAAUGACAGACAGAACUAACACGUGACUGGUUGUAAAUUGGAAGGGAGGCAGGUGGGGGCUGUGAGGGAAAACAGUUUUGUGGGGCUGUGCUCCAUUUGCCCCAGUAAAGCAGCCUCCGUUGUCUGCAGUGAAGAGCCUUCUCUACUCAAAGAGGUUUCCUGUGCAAUGUAGGACUCUGGAAGAGCAAGGUCUGACAUCAUACAAAUGCUCUCUACAGCGGAGGUUAUAGCUGAACCAAAUAUCAGAUUCUGGAUUGUGGCCUAUAGGGGUAUUGCUCUAGGCUUAUAAAAUAGUAUUGGCAUACAUGUUUCUUUCACAGGAGUGAAAGGCUGCGUGUUUAAGGACUCUUACUUUGGCAGUCCAAAGUUCUACGAAGGAUAGUUCCUCCUCCUCCAGGUCUUAGGUUGAAGCUCAGAGGGCUGCCUGCAUGCCCAUCUCGACUCCUGGCUGAGCUCUGCCAUCCUGUGGCCGACUUUGAGUAGGGCCACAGAUUGCAGUGCAUGAAAUAAAAUGUCUGGAAUGAGGGGACUGCAGAGUAGUGUAGACUGUUAAUAAUAAGUAGCAUAUACAGCACAGUAAGAGCAAUGGGCACAAAUCCUGUAAAAAGCUCACCAGCAUUUCAGGAUAUUCAGACAAGCAGACAUUGAAAGUAUGGCAGAAAUUGUUUGAAUGCACAUAUAUUGGAUUGCACUGUUAAGUUAGUCGUGACUAAGACCACAGUCUUAUGCACAAUGACUUCUGAGUGAAUAAAUACCCAUACUUCAGUCAACCUUACCUUUGUGUAGACAAUACAGUGGGUCUUGUUCCCAUACAAGUGUAGAUAGAAUUGCAUUGCUAUACUGGAACUAACUUUUGCUUGGCUGGAUCCAACAGUUCUUAAACAGGGAACUAUAAAAGGAGAAAGCAGAAGGCAAAUGAGCAUUGUCUUGCAUAGAGUCAUACAAUGUGCUAAGUGCUGAUGUGUGACUGUGCAUGUGCAUGCCAUUGUAUAUAUGAAUUUUUGCAUAUUUUGACCAUUUUCUUCAAUGGCUUUCACAAUUACUACUCAACCAGGUCGUCGCUGAAUGAACACUACAAGUGGUAUAAGGAGAGAAGGUAAACAGAUAAAUUGCCUUGACAGACAACUCACAGUAGUGUGAAACUCCUAUUUGUAUCAAAAAAAGAGGAAAAAGAAAAGUUUAUUAAAACAAACCAUGUAUCUUCAACCCUCAAACCCCCAUUAUGCUAAGGCCUGAUAGCAGGUAUGCUCACACAACCAAAGAAUCUGCAAUUAAAGUCUUGUAUAGUGUUAGAUUUACAAUUGAUAACAGCAUCAAUACCAUACAUACUGCUGCAUUGCUUUGCACAAGGACAAAUGACAGACACAAUUUCUCUCUACUUCGCAUCUGUGAAGGAAGUCCUAUGUGGGUAAGAUCUAUUGACCUGCCACUAUACCCAAGGCUGGUCCAAGUGGUCUCUGAGGGUUGGAAGCCAUUUCUCUCCUGUUAGACAGAAGUAUAAAGUUGGAAGGGAUUCAUUAGACCAUUAAGUCUUCCUGGUCCUACAAGAGCAUAACCAUUGCCUAAACUUACUAUCCUGAUGGGUUAAAUAAUGGAAUUUCCUAUAAAUCUAUGCUUAAGUGGCAGGUGGUUGUGCUGGACAAAAGUGGGCUAUGUGGUGCCCUCCAGAUGUUUUUGGAUGGAAAUUCCCAUCAGACCCAGCCAACAUGGGCAAUGGUUAGGGAUGACUGGAGUUGUAUUCCAGCAACAUCGGGAAGGCACCACAUUGGCUACCCCUGGCAAAGAGGAUUUCCCUACCUUAAUGAAUCCAUCCUAAGGUUGGACACCAUAGGAAGUAGCUAUAAUUCUAUUAUUCCAUUGCCUCUGCCUGUAAAACAUACAUGCCAGUUAACUAAAUUGAUUGUAUAAGUUUUUUUGCUUCAGUGCUGCUUGAAUACUUGUGGUUUUUGAAUGUCAAAAAGUACAUCAUUAAGAAGAGUUUUGCAUAUCUAUUCAGAAUAUGCAUGAAGCAACAAGCUCAAAAAAGUGCUGGCAUGAUAUUACCCUCCAAUGAGGAAGAUUUAAGACAAGGCUGGACAGGGAUCUUACCAGGAUUGCUUUAUACAUGUAGGGUCCUGAUUCAGUGUCCUGGACUAAAUAGCGAUUCAUAUUCUUCUUAGUACUAAAAGUUCUUGACUCGGUUCCUGCCAUGCCCAAAUUUGUAUUAUUAAACACAAAAUUACUGCUCCCAAUAAGGGGGAAAUAAGGAGAAAUUUCUGUAUAUUAAAAACUCAGCUGAUGGGCUGAAUCACCAAAGUGAUGAGUGUUAGAAGAUACAGCACAAGUAGCAUUCACACCCAUAUCCACCCUAAAUUCCAAAUUUGUAUUAUGUGAUGCUCAAAUGGCAUGGUUAUUAGAAUAUUUAAAUGUUAAUGCAAAGGUAAUGGUUGCUACUGAAAAUCACUUCCUCACAGAUAGGACUCUAUGUACCUGUAGUAACUUUUGGAUAAGCUAUUCCAUGUGAGAUGGCCAGGUAAUCCUAAAUCCUUGUGCUGGCGGUACAGUAGCAACCGAGCCAUGGCGUUUACUUUUAAGUCAGUCAUGUGUGUCUUCAUUCAGCAAAGAGAGGGGUCUUCUUUUAAUCCAUACCCACAACCUUCCCCACCACUGACCAGCCCAGUAUCUGUGAGCAACAGUGUGAACCUUUAUGUUGUUCCUACAGAGGACAUACCUUUUUAUGGCAACGAUGAGAAAACAUCCCACUGCUGCUGCUUGGAUGCUGCUUGAGGUGCCAUAGGCAAAAUAAUUAAUUGUGCCUUGGCAUCUAAAAGGUCAAGAACUCUUCUUACCCUAGAGUUGAAUUAAUCUGGCCAAGAAUACAAAUUUAAUUUUCUGAUAUUGAAAAAUCAAGAUGUUGAAGAAACAAGACUGUACAUUUGGAUAAUGACUAUCAAAGGGGUGUCAUAUAUCAAGAGAUAUUAAAGAGUGGGCUUUAAAUAUGCUCCUUGAAUAUAUAUUUGGCACGCUUGCCGUUUACAGAAAGAAGUUACAUAUUUUGGCAAAUAGCACCAACCCUAAUGAUAUUAAUACCUCAACAUGGCCACUGGAAGCACCUCAAAGGAGACAGGUCCCUUGGAACUCACUGUAAAUGUCAAUAGCACUGUGUUUCUUCAUCUUCUACCGUGCUGAUUAGAAGAUUAGUUGUGAAGAAAAUGGAAGUGCUAAGAUGUGGUGGUGGUUCUAUUCUUAAAGAAUCAUUACUCCUAAAGCUACGUAAAAACGUAUACAAUUAGCCCUUGUUACUUCCAUUUCUAAAUUCCACACCAAAGAAACACGUUAAUGGCGAAUUUCAUUCCCAUAUUUUCACCACAUAAAUGUAGACUGAGGCUUUUUAGAGUUGUCCAUAUAGGUGACACACACACAUCACAUUUUAGGUGAGAGCUAUGGAUCAGGGCCCCAGAUUCUUAGUAUCAGAUCCUCUCGUAUUUAGGUGAGCAUUGUAUAUACAGUGGUGCCUCGCAAGACGAAAUUAAUCCGUUCCACGAGAGUCUUCGUCUAGCGGUUUUUUCGUCUUGCGAAGCAAGCCCAUUGACGGAUUAGCGCUAUUAGCGCUAUUAGCGGGUUAGCGGCGAUAAAUGGCUUAAUGGCUUAGGGGAUGUGCUGCUAAAAGGCUAUUAAAGGCUAUUAAAGGCUUAGCAGAUUAGAUAAAGGGGGGGAAAAGCGAAAAAAAAAUCUCUAGACUCGCAAGGUAUUUUCGUCUUGCGAAGCAAGCCCAUAGGGGAAUUCGUCCUGCGAAGCAACUUCAAAACGGAAAACCCUUUCGUCUAGCGGUUUUUCCGUCUUGCGAGGCAUUCGUCUUGCGGGGCACCACUGUACAAGUGAAUUGGGUUAUGCUGAAGAUAAAGUGGUGUGAAUAAACAACAGUUUCAGAAUAGGCCAAGCCUGCAAUUCUGUUCACAUUCACUUGAAAGUAAGUUGCAUUAAAAUCAACAAGAUUUGCUUCCAAAUAAACAUACACAGGAUUGUUGUUACUUGCGUGGAUUUUUUUUAUUUUUUUAAUUAUGUCAGCCCCUGCACCUGCAACCUGAAGUGGCACAGUAUCACUGCAUUCUUUUGCAUGCUUGUGCAGAGACUAGACCCAGAUGUGUGUUUUCACAGCUGGGAUGGGAUGAAAAUAGCAUUUACGGUUAGAUUCAACAGUGACAAAAUCUGUUACACAAAAAGGAUUAAGGCUGUAAUCCUAAACAUGCUUGCUAGACAGAACAUCUUACCAAAUACAGUAUUGUAUGGUAGGAUUUCACUGUCUUUCUAUAUGCAUAAAAACGUAAGGUGCCAUCAUGCUCUGCAGUGUGCACCACUAGGCAGCCAUGCCAACUGCAGCAUGAGGAACAGGAGGCAGCCCAGGCAAGCUGAUUAAAGAAGGGGGGGGAGAGAGAUAACCACUGUUUGAAGUGUCACAGCCCAGUAUUAUUAUUAUAUGAUAUCCAUGGUUGUAGUAAUGUUGACCGUUUAAUUUAAUGUGAUCAGACCACUGAUCUGACCAAUAUGUCAGUUAAGGCAUAUUGGGCUGCAAACACCUUUAGACCACAUUUUGCCCCUCAGAGAAUUCUGGGCACCCCACACAGAGUUAGAGUUCCCAUCACCCCAUAACAAACUACAGAGCCCAGAAUUCUCUGAGGUAAAGAAUGUGCUUUAAAGGUAUAGUGCGUAACCAAGUCUGACUCAUCACUUGCAAAAGUGUCAGAAUUCUAGAAUGUUAUUUACCAAUAACAAAUGCUGGUAAAGCUUCUAGAUCCUUCCUCACACUUCACACAUUUGCCACCCACCCGCCUCACUUUUUUAUGGGCUUUGAGCAGUUGCAUGGCAGACAGCAAUCUGCUGGUGGUACAACUUUCCUGUAUCACCACACCUCCAUCCAAGAAAAGCUUCAUCUUCUGAGUUUGGCCCAUUCUGUAGUUAUUAAGACUGCCCAUAACAAAGGUGACAACCCAGCUAUGGACUUUCAGACAUUACAAAGACAUAUCCAUAGCCAUUUCUCUUUAUAUAUUUUGAAAACUGUACUAUUGGAUGGGACCCUGAGGGUCACCUAGUAAAAUUGAAAGUAGUCCUGGGAAAUGACAAUUUCCUCCUACCAAAGACAAAAACUACACCCUAUUUCUUUUCACGUUUGUUUCCAAUUUCUAUGUAUAGCAGGAUAAUGUUGAGAUGUUGUUUUUCACUCACACUCCUCAGUCAGAAGUAACACUAUAAGACAGGAACUCUUGCUAAUAAUUCAUCUGCCACUCCAAAUGGUCAUUAUUUCUUAUUCCCAUGCAUGGCUCAACAUGGAGACAGCAAUUCUUCUCUCACUCCUGAUUAGCACCUAACUAGAAGCAGUGAGGGAAACCACAUUAUUCAAUCAUGUGCUGGUUUUCACCUGGGGCUUAUGGAAAACCUCCCUACAGAGGAGAGACAGGGGCUUUCCCCCCUGCCUUUGGAAUGCCCUCCUCAGGGAAGCCCACCUGGUGCCUACUAUGCUAAGGUUACCAGAUUUUUUUCAAUGAAUCCAAGGAUUCAGGAUUUUGUCAGGGGACUGAUUUGUAAAUCCAGGGACUGUCCCCGGUAAAUGGGGACAUCUGGUAACCUUAUACAGUUGUACCUCUGGUUAAGAACUUAAUUCGUUCUGGAGGUCCGUUCUUAACCUGAAACUGUUCUUAACCUGAGGUACCACUUUAGCUAAUGGGGCCUCCCGCUGCCGCCAUGCAAUUUCUGUUCUCAUCCUGAAGCAAAGUUCUUAACCCGAGGUACUAUUUCUGGGUUAGCGGAGUAUGUAACCUGAAGCGUAUGUAACCCGAGGUACCACUGUGCAAUCCUUGGGGCACCAGCCAAAUACUUUUUCUUAACCUCAAUUUCAGCAAUAUUAAUAGUUUUGACAUAUUAUAGCUUCAUAUAUGCUCAGAGUCAGUGGUUAAUAUUGCCUAUUGAGUAACUUCAGUAAAGCUUAUCAAUUUCUUAUUGAUUCCAAUAGCUUUGUUUUGUUGUUUAUCCCAUUUGCUACUUGGCCCAUGUAUUUUAAACAACCUGGAUUUAUGAUUCUGUGUGUUUUUUUUACUUGUGAGCCAGCUAGAGGCUUUUUUCCAUAAACAGAAUAUAAAUUCAUUGGACAGUGAAUAAUAAUUCCCAUAUCACUUCAUCCUGGCUCACUCCCCUCUUCUUCCCCAGCAUUUUGUGGCUCACCUCAGGUGCCAGCCCAGGUCCCCAUGGCAUCUUUCAAAAGCACCCAAGCAGGAUUUGUCUUGAGGAGGAGAGGCUAGCAAAACUGAAUACCUCUUAAAGGGCCCCACCUGCAUUCUGCUGAAUAGUACAUUGUCAAAACCAAACCAAACCAAACCCAGAAGGCUCAAAGGCAAAGGGAUCUGUAGAGAAUCCAUUUUGCUUCAGCCUCAACACACGCAGACUCUGUACUGCUGAGGAAUACAACUCAUGUAAGAUUCCCCAGCUUUCUUCUUACGCACCAAUCAAGGCCUCAUCCUGUCUAAACCAGUAUUACCUCUGAAGAACUGACAGGUCAACCCUGAUCAUUUUCAAAGUGAUUUGGGCUGUAAUUCUGCAGGUGGGUUUACAGGUGGGUAAGUCCCAUUGGGUGGAUCUACUCAGCAAUCUAUAGUCUAUAAGCAAGCCAAUCCCAUAAUGCCAAUUUAGCUGUAUCUAAGAAUUUCUACUGUUACAGCUGGGAAACAACUUCACUCAUGAAGUUUCAUCCUCCCUUUCAAAUAGAAAAAUCCUUUCUUACCCACAGCAACAGAAGUGCAAAAAUGGCCUGGUUUGUGGGGCUGGAUGUGCAUUCUCCUUGCUUGUAGGAUGCCAUCUAUAGCGCUGGUGUGGCCCCACUCCUGCCUUUAACCCAAAUUUACAUGGGAUUCAUUCAUGAAUCUCAUAGUCUGAAAGUUUCUAUGGGGUGAGUUUAUUGGAAAUGUAACCAUGCCCUGGAGAAUGACCGAUCUUGGUCUUGCGGCUCAACAAGGAAAAAAUACCUCCUGAUAAUAGAUUUGGCAUAGGAACUGAAUGCCCUACUCCAGAUGCUGCUCUUCACCUGUUAAUUAGGGACUGUAGAUGUAGAACUUUAUUAGUUACAAAUUAUUAAAUAUAAUUGGAAAUAAUGAUAGCAUGGCAAUUACUUGUUUAGCCAGUGAAAAGGAAUUAGGAUUUUUCCCACAGCAAGCUUCACAUUUCAUUAUGUCCAAGGGGAACUCCAGAGUCCUUUUUAGCUCAUUCUGGAAGCAAUUUUGAGUCCCAUUCUGUUACCUCUAAAACUGUGGUAAUUAUCAAUUAAUUUUCAAACAAGGUAAAUUACUCUCCUUUUUUUACCUGAACCAGAAUCAAACCUGAGACACAGGUUUAAACUGUUGAACAUAAACAAAACUGCAUAAAAGCGAAAUAUAUUUAAAAUGUGGUCUCCGUACCCACACUUUAAUAUGCAAGUUAGAUAUGCAAGUUUUGUAUUUUGUAGCUACUAGAAAUGUCAAAAAAGGGCAAGGGCAAUGUUACAGGGAUUGCAAAUAAACCUGUAAAUGUAGUGAGGGAAAUGGUCGUAUUCCAAACUCCUGUCUCUGAAUAUGCUACCAGCUUUUUAUUAUAAUGAUGGGAACCCUCUCCUGCCUGUCAUAAACCAGAAGCAUAUCAUUUUUCCAAAACCUACAUGAGCUACAUUUUAUCGCGAUUCACAAAAUCUAAAAAUACAGAAUCUUAUGAAUCAUACAUACUUUAAAUGCUAGAAGUAAUUCAGAUUACAUAUUUGACUUCAGGCAACCACCAAGCUGUUCAGUUUUGUUCUUAAGGCUAUCAAGCCAUUGGUUGGCUAAGUCAAACUAUUUGAAUCUAAUUUUACACCCCUAAGGUCCAAUUCACAUAUUGCUCAUGGAUGUUGUAAAAUCACUGAGCUCAUGGUAAAAUCAUCCCAUCAGCUCUACACAGGAGAAUGUUUUCUGAAUGUUUGUUUGAUGUGGAAUUCACUAUGCCAGAUUGAACUAUUGAAGGCUAAAGUUUGCUCUGUCUUAGUAAAAUGCCACAUUACAUAGGAGACAAUAUAGACUCACCACUCAAAACUGAUAUGGUAAAAUCGUCUUAACAGUGGCUUUACCAUGUUCAAAAUUAAUGCAUGAAUCAAGCCAAAUUUAUAAUAAAACCUCCUACUUUUUCUUGGGUCUUUAAUCAUUUCCUUUGUGAACUUAACCUGGGAGUAACGUUCCCUUAACAUAGUGGAUCUUACUUCCAAGUAAACCUGCCCAACUCUCUGCCUUAACUGGCAAGUGAACUAUGCUGACUGAAAGCAGGAGGGGUGGUUUCCCUGGUGUGUAAUAAUUUGGGAUUAAGCUUCUUAAAUUCGCUGGCUAGAAAAUGUCGUUCUCAAUACCAAAGGUAUCAGACCUAGCUGAAAAUGCUUAAGGCAGCCAGCUGGAGAAACCCUUGAGAGGUCCACUGUCCCACCAGCUGGCUCAAUAGCUGGCUCAAUAUGAACAGGCGUCCAUAAGCGAUAAGCCUUUUUUGAGGAAGACUACAUAAGGAAUAUUCCAUCUUUACGCUGCAGAGUGAAAAAGUGCUGACAGGAUUCAAACUCAGGAAAGCAAGCAGCAGCUCCCUGCCUGCUCUUCACCCUCCUAAAAAUAGUGCCUACGAGAGGGCCAUCAAGAAAUGGAUCCUUCUUUGACUUUGCCCUAAGAAAGUUAAAGAACUCCCCUAGGGGGCGUGGCCACUACUCUCUGACACUUAAUCCUGCCCAUGAUGUCACUGGCUUAUGUUAAAUAAGAAGAAAUAAGGCCAGGGAGUAAGGACCACUCUCAGGGAUUCAGGCAGCUUCCAGCCUUGCCUCCUCCUCUUCCCUUCCAACUUUCGCAAUCAUGGUGGGUGCAGGAGAAAAUUAGUUCUGCAUAGUGAGCCAGUGGUUUGAUCUAACAUUGUCAUUUUCAAGUGUGUAAUUAAUGCAUAGCAUAAGGGAGUAGAGAACCAAUAUAGUGUCCUACCAAAAUCAUGCAGGAGUGUGUGCAUCUAUUCUUAUUGUUAAUGUGAAAUUACUGGGAUUAUUUGGGAAAUCUUGUCUUAUGUAAUAGCUCGCAUGUUUCCUGUCUUUUAUAGCAGGUUGUUGUUAUCAAUUGCCUGUAAUUCAUGUUUGCUGAAAUAUAUGUGCAGUAGAAUCCAGAUGCACAACCUGCCUAUGAACAGUAACAAAAUGGCAUGUUUUUAAAAUAAAGGCUUAAAGAACAUAUGGGUCUUAAACCUUCUGUUUUAUUAGUUCUUUUGAAUGUAGUAUUUAUUGCACAAUGAUAUUUUCGAUUUACAUUAUGUUCUUUACUGUAAUGCAAUAAUAUGUUCCUCUAAAAAGGAUUAGGAUAUUUAGCUCAUACUGUAUAUAUCUGUGCUUCUGAUUGUGUGCAGGAAGAUACUAUAAUGGACUUCAAAUACUUACAUGACAUUAUCUGCUUUUAUUAUUAUUAUUUUUCUAACAUAAACUGCUUUUGUAGGGCUUUGCCCUGAAAGGUGGCCUGGAAAGAUUUCAAAUAAUGGAAUACAUAAAAUACAUUUGUGGCCAAAUUAGUUCACAUAAACACACUAUAGGAUAUGUAUAACUUUUGUCUGUCAAUGCAAUUUUCCCUCCAAGAGUACUAGCUUUUUACUUUCCUCUCUCUUUUGCCAAAUGCAGUCCUUCAGCGCUGAUCAGAUUGCUGGUAAGUGGAACAUAAAUUCAAUUCCCUGCGUGUUGAUGUGAUUCAUUGCACGGAACAUCAAAUACUGGAUACUCAUUAGCUUAAGUAGGCAUUGUUCCAUUAGCAACCUGGUGGCAUCUCAGCUACACUUGAAAAAUCGGACAAAAUCCUUUUCUUUGCAUCUUGGGAAGAUGUUUCAAGGAGCAAGCUGGAUGCUGUCAAGUCCAACAAGUCUUUCUCUUUUUUUAAAAAAGGGGCUUUUUGUGAUUGAUUUUUUUUCUAACAGAUCGAGUUCUCCAAGGAACAACAGGAUGGUAAGUUUUUGAGGAGAGCCAGUAAACAUAGAGAGAGGUAUUUUAAUAUCAUUGGAAUAUGCCCGCUGGUAUAACCAGUGAAGCUAAAUUGACUUCAGUCAUGUAGACUUCCACCACUUAAAGAUCAGGCCACAGAUUCCAAGUCACUUCUUUAGAUGUUUUAUGUUUUGCUGUUGACUGCCUUGAAGCACAGAUCCCAAGAGAGUGCUGCCUUCUCCUUCUGGCACAUAGCUCUUCAGAGAGCUGGUAAGGCAGUAAUGAGAGAAUGAGGUUUAAAGCCAUUAGUAAGGAAGAAAGCACAGAAACAAAAAUCUAUAAAUGUUGCAUAUUGAUAAAUAAAUAAAUGAAGGAUUCAUGACUGUCCAGCCAAUGCAUGUAUGAUUAUGACUCCUAGGAAAUGCUAAGGGAUUAUCAAGCUGUAUUGCUGGAGUGGGGCAGAGCUAAAUCAAUUUAACUAAGAAUAUUCUAUGUAAUAUGAGUGUCAUGAAUUAAAGGGAAUUUGGGGCUUAUUUAUUUAUUUAUUUAUUUAUUGUAAUCAGCCUGUUGUAUACAUUUCAUAAUUCCAGUAAAUUAAUGUUCCUACCCCCACAAAAAAUCAGUCUGUGUGUCUUUGUCAGACAAAAGAAACAAAUACCCCUUUAUCAAUUAAAUAUCCUAAAAUAUUACUUCUGUAAGAUAGUUUUAUUUGAUCCCAAUUUAUGUAAGUCUUUUAUUAUUCAAUUAAAAUUAAAAGCAAGACACCUUUAUCACUAACAUCACAGCCCUAAUCUUCUCUACUCAGAACUAAAUCCUAUUGAAUUCAAUGGUGGUUACUCCCAAGUAAAUGAGGCUAGAAUUACAGCCUUAUAGUAGUAGCAUUAUAAGGCUUCUUGCCUAUCAUCCAUUUUAAUGCAAUGUCACAGCAGUUGAAUGGCAUGUUGAUAUGCUACCACUCAUAUGUAGGAUCAAUAUACUACAACGCUUUGGAUUUUUUUUGUCAAAUAAUUGGCUUGCAUUAUGUGAUUUAAGAUAUGAGUAUAUGAUGCAGAAUGCCCCAGAUAUUCACUGGUAUAUCUACAAAGAGCCUGGUGGGGUGGGGGAUAUAUAUCUGUUUUCAGGUAUUCACAAAAUUCCUCUGGAUUUCCAACAUUCACAUUUAAAUGGCAACAUUCAGUAAAAUCUGGAUGUUCACUGUAACAUGGGGAUUCUAAAUGAAACCAUCAAAUGGCAAGAUUUCUUUAACUUGAUUUGAUAUGCCCUUGCUGUAGUGAGUACCUAUUGUUUUUUAACAUUUCUUAGACCUAUAAACUGAAUGAAAAACCAACCUUGCCUAGAAUGUACCUUUGAUUUAAAAAGCUCUCUCUCCAGCUUCACACUCUGCAUUAACAACUUUCACAAGCAAUACAUUCCAGAUUAAAGGGUAUUCUUGGAGUUGCUCGUUAAGGUGACCAUAGAUUGAUUAAUUUGCUAGAUUAAUUUUAAAUUAGUCAAAACCAAAGUAUUUCAAAACAAAAGAGCUGGCCAACAUUUAGUAAGAACACUUUUAACAGUUGAAACACUUUCUUUAGUCAUAUUAAACUGCUAUAAAAUAAAAGCUGCCCCCACUUAAUAUCAAUUUUUUGGCUUAUUAAAAAGUUGACAAACACCUAGCCAGUUAAAGAAGACGUGGAAGAACCCUAAAAUAAAAUUUUUACUUCUGGGUUAAUAAAUAAAUUAUUGCACUGUGCAACAUGAAGGGGGGUAAAAUCAGAAUCCCAGCUGUGUCUUUAAGCACCCACACACAUCUGUGGACUUAGCUUCACAUUCUGCCUACUGCAAAAACAUAUUUUUAAACCUAUUGAGAUCUUGCAUGGAGGGGAGAGGAAAGAAUUUCAGUCACAAUGCGUGCCUAUAAAGAAAGGAAACAUCUCUGGCCUUCCAAUUGUUUCAGCAAUGCCCAUCUGUUCUUGGGCUGCAAAUACACUGAUCCAAAAUACAGAGCAAAAAGAAUCUGAGGGACAGAAGAACGUGCUUGAAGCAUACUUUACUGAGCCUAUUAUUACCGUUAAAAAUGUUAAACCAGGCUUAAAAGCUGAGCCAAUAUUGUUCAGAAUCACACUGUAACCUGUUUCCCACCAGUAUACAUGGAAAACUGACUGCUGUUUGCAGCAGCUGAAAAUGAGGAAUUUGCAUUUUACAUUCCCGAAAGUGGGUAGUCUUUUAAAAAGAAGAAUAAAAAUGGUGAUGAGUUGGUGAUGAGAUCUUCCAUUGGUGUAAAUGAGUGAAGUUCUGUUGUUUGUAGCCACUGAGGAAAUAUCAAAUGUGAGCCUGGGAGCAUGUAGCCGUCUCGUCUCUUCAAUUCUAAAAGGCCAGAACUUUAUGAGCUGUAAUGGGAGAGGGCUAGCUAUUGAAGUGCCUUGCAGGUCUCAACGCAUCAGACAGUGAGGGGAUUAAUAUCAGAUAUAUUGGGUUACAGACUAGCAACCGCACGUCCUGCCUCAGCGGUUCAGGAGAGGGCUAGGGAACUUCUUGAGGCAGUAUAAGGAGGGCAAGAGGGAGCACCAAAAUAGUACAGCUUCACAAGCACCCAGGAGAAAAUGAAUGGAGGCUGCAUAAUUUGCCCCGUGGCUUACGAAAGACGGAAGAAGCAAGGUUCUAUAUAAAGCAGAAAUUUACGCUUUGCCAGGCAUGAUGUGGCUUCAGAACAAAUUCCAAAUUGGUCUAGAAGAAAUUUCAAAACUGCUCUGUGGCGACUGCAGUUAGGUGACACUCUGGGUUCUUAACAGCCUUAUAAAUGCAGUGUAGAAGGUGAAAACUUUAAACCCCUCCAAAGACACACCUAUUCAUGCUGUCUUGCCUUUCUGUAGGACCUGCUUGCCUUCCCACAUUAUUCAUACAGCUUCGCUUCUAUGCCUCUCAAAGUACUUUUACUGUCAAGACACAAUGCUUGCUAUUUUCAGCUGCUAGUUGUGUCAGAUCCUUUUUCCAUUUGCUGAACUUUUUGGCUGUCUGCAAUGGCCCACUGUAACCAUAAUUGCAAGGUUCUGCCUUGCUUUAUAUGAUGAUAGCAAUGAUGGUGAGAUAUUGAUUUAUACCCCUCCCUUUUCUUGUAAUGGGACUCAAGGCCUCUUACAGAUAAAAAUAAGAACCAUUAAAAACACAGGAAAGACAAUUAAACAUGGAUAUUAAUUAAUUAAUAUUAAUUAAUAAUUAAAUAUGGAUAUUAAUUAAACGGCGUUUCCGUGUGCUGCUCUGGUUCGCCAGAAGCGGCUUAGUCAUGCUGGCCACAUGACCCGGAAGCUGUAUGCCGGCUCCCUCGGACCAAUAAAGUGAGAUGAGCUCCGCAAUCCUAGAGACGGCCACGACUGGACGUAAUGGUCAGGGAUCCCUUUACCUUUUUUAUUUAUUAAUUAAAACUAUAUACAUAUAUAACAUCUAUAUGCAUGCAGGCAGUUACGAUAAAAGCUCCUACAUGUGACACAGCCCCGUUGCUUCAGCCGCAGAGGAGAGUAACCAAAAAAGGUGAGAGAUCCACACCAGUGCUUCCUUCUGUGGAGACUCCACUCAGGCAAUCUCUCUCUCUCAAAAGUGGGGUGAAAGCAGAUAGGCAGAGUUUUCCUGGGGAUCAGGUGUCAGAGCAGAUGCCCCAGCUCAUAUCUUACCUCCUCCUCCAUGGGGCUAUGGCAAUGUGGCUGUUUCACAUGGAGGAUUUUAAAAUGUAUCAACCUUAUCAGGGCUCUCUUAGCCAUCAUAAGGUAUGGUAAACAGUCAAUAUUUAUUGGGGGCAGGGUUGUAAACCAAAGGGGCUCACUGCUUCCAUAAAAAAGGGACAAGGGAGGGGGCCAAAUCUAUUACCAGUAAAAUUAUGCAAAUGUCACACCACUGGAAUUUUGUUGCAGAGAAAGUGGCCCUAUUAAUAUUUAUACCAUAGUAGAUACAAACUAGUGUAUGGGCAAGUUGUUUGGCUAUGGUGACACUGACACUUUCCUCUUGCAGACUUUAAGGAGGCCUUCCUCCUUUUCGACAGGACUGGUGAAAGCAAGAUCACCCUAAGCCAGGUUGGAGAUGUCAUUCGUGCUUUGGGGCAGAACCCCACCAAUGCUGAGGUCAAGAAGAUCAUGGGCAACCCCAGCAAUGAGGGUAAUGGCUCUGAGAUGAAAUGGUCCAUAAUAUGUCCUCUUAACGUUCAGUCAAAUUCUCCUUUCCCACUACCUUAAUUUUAGUGAAGAUGGAGUGUGCUUUCCUCUUAUACAAGCCUUGACCACACAAGCAUUUGUGGGGGUGGGAUUUUUAUUUUUAAAAAAUUAAAGCAUUUAAUAUUUGGUUAUUAUGGACAUGAGUUUGUAGAAUUUGUGAAUGUGCACAGUAAUUUUUUCAGCUCAACAGUUUUAUUCCAGCUUUGUUGUUGUUGUUGUUGUUGUUGUUGUUUAGUCGUGUCCGACUCUUCGUGAACCCGUAGAAUAGACCAGAGCAUGCCAGGCACUCCUGUCUUCCACUGCCUCCCUCAGUUUGGUCCAACUCAUGUUAGUAGCUUCCAGCUACCCACCCAAAUUAAAAUCCUGAUGUCUUUGAUGAGAAAGAGUCAAGCAUGUGCCAAGGGCAUAUCUGAAGACAUAUGAUACAGCUACUUCAUGAAAUUAAAUAGUUCAAGAUCUGACUAGUGCCUGGUGGGACCUAUAUAAACUGACUUGAAAUUGCCGUCUGUACUGAGCCCCUUAAGCCCCCAUCACCUCACCAGUAGCUAGUUUAACUAUUUCCAGGAAUCAGAAGUCUUGAUUAGCUUUUAACACUUGCUGAAUCCAAGGAUUAGAGGGGUCUAGCCAGGGUUUUUGUUAGGGGGGCAGGCUUUUGUUGGGGGAGGCAGAACCUCAGUUAAGUAUUUUUAUUGCUUUUUAUUGAUUUACAGGGGGCAGCUUCCCCCAUCCCCCCUUGGUUGCCCCCAUGGGUCUGGCACUCCUCACCCCACAACUCAUAACAAUAUCUAACUCACAGCCCCUUGUUUUAUUUUCCUUUAAAGCUGUUAGCAAGCUUUACCAGUGUGAAGGUGCUGUACGAAAAGCCAUAGUACACAGCACUAGAAACACCACUAUAAAACUAUAAUAAAUAGAUAAUGCAUGAAAUAAAUAGCGUGUUCAAUUAAACUACAGAUCCUUUUUCACAAGCAGUGCAACCACUGUGUGCUUGUGUUUCCUUAGAAAUGGAGCUGGACAACCAUUAAAUUACGAUUCCUUUAAAUUAUGAUUCCUGUAAAAACCGUUUAAAUUAUGAUUCCUGUAAAAACCGUUUAAAUUAUGAUUCCUGUAAAAACCGUCCCCCUCCACUGAAUACAGAUUUGCCUCCUUUAUGUGUAUGUAGCAUCACUUGAUGAUGAGUACAACAAUAAGCAAAGACUUCAGUGUUUUAUGACUACCUGAAAGCUUUGGCAGUAGUGCCAUAUUGUGAAGGAAGAAAUUUAAUUUCUAAAGGAAGCAUAGUUUUGGUUGAGAAACAGAUAUAAAUCACAGCAUAGCACUUCAGGAGAACUUCCUAAAGCAUCACAAAUAUAUCUGAGAACAUUGUUGAUAAUGUUGUUUUCUUGUAGAGAUGAAUGCCAAGAAAAUUGGGUUUGAAGAGUUCCUGCCCAUGAUGCAAGCAGCAGCCAAUAACAAGGACCAGGGCGGCUUUGAAGACUUCGUUGAAGGUCUGCGUGUCUUUGACAAAGAGGGGAAUGGGACCGUCAUGGGUGCUGAACUCCGUCACGUAUUGGCCACUCUGGGUAAGGCUUCCAAAAGUAUGGUGUAGUGGUCGAGAGCGGUAGUCUCGUAAUCUGGGGAACCGGGUUCGCGUCUCCGCUCUUCCACAUGCAGCUGCUGGGUGACCUUGGGCCAGUCAUACUUCUUUGAAGUCUCUCAGCCCUACUCACCUCACAGAGUGUUUGUUGUGGGGGAGGAAGGGAAAGGAGAAUGUUAGCCGCUUUGAGACUCCUUAAAGGGAGUGAAAGGCGGGAUAUCAAAUCCAAACGCCUCUUCUUCUUCUUCUUCUUCUUCUUCUUCUUCUUCUUCUUCUUCUUCUUCUCAUAGGGUUGGAAGGAACCAUAAAGGCCAUCUGGUCCAAGCCUGUGCAAUACAGGAAUAUUUUGCCCAACAUGGGGCUUGAACCCCUGAUCCUGUGUUAACUGUACUACAGAUAUGUUUUGUUUUUAUAAAAGUUACAUUCCUUUGGCUUUCUUCAAUUAAAUCUGGGAACUGGAAUUUUGGUCAGAGCACCGAGCAUUCUCUGUAAGGGAUCCCAAGGCUUUCCACCCCCUUAAACCAAGCACUGGAGUCCUCUGAGAGACGGGUUGGAAUAAAAAUAGGAAAAUAAAGUAAAUGUUUCUGGAGCUGGAGAAGAUUAACUUUUUAACCACUUUAAAUCUAUAUUGGCAUUAGUGCCCAAUUAUUAUUUCCAAUGUAAUAAAAUUGAUAUUUUUAAUAGCAAAGGCCUAUUUAUAUAAAUUUGGAUAAUCCACACUUUCCCUGAAGUAUAACAAUGUGAUAUAAAACAUUCAAGAUUAUAAUAAAAUAACUAAAAGUGUAAUUAAAAGUAACUCUUUACCAUGGCUGUUGAUACCUGAGGUGUAUGUUUUUGGACCCACCUUAUUUUUAAGGUUGGAAGUUGUUUUAAGUUGUUUUUAUAUUAUGUUUUAAUGAUGUAGCCCACCUGGGAUCUUAGCAUGGAGAGCAGGUAAUACAAACAUACAUACAGACAUCAAUAAAGCAUCAUUAAAUCCUGGUUGGUUAAAAAGAAAUAGAUUUCAAAGACACUGAGAAUCAUAUAACCGCAGGAACAGGGGGUGAAACUUAAUUUUUGCAAAUUUCUUCAGUGAAGGGUCUUAAAAAUAUGUUUUAGAGUUUGAGGAAUUUAUAUUUGCUAUUAUUUUGUGAUUAGACAACAUUCAGCUUGGUAAUUUGAUUUGAUGAAGGUUUCAAAAAACUAGAUAAUUUUAAUUUUACCUUCUGAAAAUCUCAGGUAAUGAUGAUAGAUUGAUAGAUGAUAGAUAGACAGACAGAUAGAUAGAUGAUGACAAGAAUAUAAACUACAAGUCCAAGCACUUGGCAGUUGUUUGCAAUGAUUUCUGUGCAAUUUUACAAACAUUUUAUUUACCAAGCAAAACUUAAGUAUAUUAAUUUAACCAAAAUAUCUUUUGAAUUCCCAAGUCAUGUUACAACUUUUUAGAUCCAUCAUAUUUGGAAUUUGAAAGUUGAAUAAUAAUUCAACAUGCCCUUUUGCAGGGGUACCUCUCCUUUGAUAUCCUGUGUGGUCAUGGAUCUGUUGUGAGCAUCUAGAAAGUUGCUUCCACAGCAGCAGGAAACAAAGGUGAUCCACCCUGAGUUCUGCAUGUCAGCAUUUUGACUGCCUAACCACAUUGCACCCUUGACUGAAAGUCCACAUAGAUUGCUACAACACUGCAAGUCCCAUGACAUCACUAGUGUCAGAAAUGAAGAGCUAUCAGAACAGAUACACUGACCUAGUUUGUACAUCUACAGUUUAAAUAUGGUUUAAUUGGAACGAGGAGUGUGCUGGUGCAUGCUGCUCAGAAGUCUCCACUUCAGUUCUCCCCCACCCUGUUCCUGCUGUUGUCAUUCCAGGGAGGAGAUAAACCAGAGGCCAGCUGUGUGUUACACGUGAACCAGCACUCGUAGUUUGUUUAUCUGAGAGAAACCAUGAGCCAGUAAGCUAAGAACAAACUAAGAACAAACUGCUUGGGGUUUCUUUGGAGUGAAACACACCAUGAGUGAUAGCUGACACAUAACACAAAGCCAGUCUCUUGUUUGCCCCCCACCCCACAGCACAGCAUAGGCCUCUGUAAGAACAGGAUGCUGAACUAAAUGUGUCUUUGGUCAGAUCCAGCAGGGCUUUUCUUAUAUUUAGAUCUGUAAACUGCUUAGAAGCAAUUUUGGCACAUAAGCAGUAUAGUCGUACCUUACUUCUCGAAUGUAGUCUGUUCGGGAAGUCUAUUCGACUUUCGAAAACCAAGGCUCAGCUUCCAACUGGCUGCAGGAGUUUCCUGCACUCAAGAGGAAGCCGUGUUGGAUGUUCAUCAUCUAAAAAUGUUCGAAAACGGAACGUUCAAAAACUUACUUCCUGGUUUGGGGCAUUUGGAAGCCAAAAUGUAUGAAGCCAAAUGUACCAAGAUGUUCGAAAACCAAGAUACGACUGUAUAUAACAUCAUCACCACCAUAAAUAUCUUCUGUGGUUUAGGUGAGAAGAUGAAGGAAGAAGAAGUAGAAGAACUGAUGAAAGGGCAGGAAGACUCCAACGGCUGCAUCAACUACGAGGGUAAGUUCCACUAUACAGUAGGGGAAAGCAGCCAUGGGGUGGGGUCAAAUGGAAGAGGGCAGCGGUGCUGGAGGAAGGAGAAUUUAACAUUUCCCUCACCCAUGCUGUUUUCCCAAGUAAAUUGCACACCCCAAGCUGCUAUUUUCUUUGCUUUGCUGGAGACCCAAUAUAAAACAGUGGUACCUGUGUUUUCCUCCCCAGUAGCUUUGGGGGAAUUUCAGCUGGGGAAAACGUGCAGGAGGAAAGGGAGAAAUAUCCUCUCUCCAGCACUAUUUCACUAGUGUAUUCCAUCCCUCACCCAAGCACAGAUGCCUUUCCUUUUUAAGUUGGCAUAUCAGAUCAUGGAUUUCUCAUGUCACAUCUGUUUGUGCUCUGAAGAGAUGCUGGGGAUUGAACUUAGGACCUUCUGCAUGCAAAGCAGAUGCUCUACCACUGAGCCACGUCCCCCUCCCAAAUGAUGGGGCUGAAUCUGUGGUGUGCCCUUAUCAGCAGCCCAGUGCGAACAAGCUCAUUGCAGGGGAAAGCGGGUGGCCAGUGUCCAAAGCGAGAGAGAAAAGAAGUGGGAUGGUUAGCCCAGGCUCAUGUCCACCGGAAAAGAAAGGAGAUUGUUUAUGGGGCCACAUGAAAAGUAUGGCAUCCCUCGCCCACUUUCAGCACUGAGAAUGGUGCAUGAAUAGCAGCAGUUUCUCUUUUCGCUCCUGGCACUGGAACACUCCUGGCACUGGAACACCUGUCUUUCCAUGAAAGGAAUGAAAGGCUCCCUAUCAUUACCACACCAGCCAUGAUGCUUUUGAGCUAUUAAUUUAUUAGAUGUUGAGCUUUUCAGCAUUUCCCAAUGACUUCUCCCAGUGAUUUCAUGUAGGUUUGGGUUGAAGUGUCAUCAGUCUGCAGAUGACACUUGGUCAGCUCUACCUCAGCUCCCCACAGGCUGUUGAACUUUUCAACCAAUGACUGGAGGCUGUACAGGGUUGGAUGAGAAUGAACAGGCUGAAAUUGAAUCCAUUGGGCAGGGAAACCCAUAACUUUGGACAGAGGCUUACAUUGGUCUUAGAUGAAGCUGUGCUCCUCUCAAAGGACCAUGUUUGCAGUUUGGGAGUGUGACCCUGGACUCAGAGCAAAUUGGGGGUGCUCAGGUUGCAGCAGUGGCCAAGGAUGCUUUUUGUCAGUUUAGGUUGGUAUGCCAGCUGUGAUCCUAUUUGGAGAGCAGAGCUUGCCUCACUUACUCAUGCACUAGUGACAUCUAGACUAGACUACUAUAAUGCACUUCAUGUCAGAGGUGCCUUUAAAGAUGGUCUGGUAACUUUGAUUGGUACAAAACAUGGUCACUUGGAAACCGGGCAUUUGGAACAUAUUUCACUAAUAUUGCAUCAGUUGCACUGGUUGCCAAUGCAUUUCUGGGCCCAAUUGAGAGUGCCCAAAAUGGUUUGGAGACGGGUUCAUCUGUACCUGUCUCAACCUGCCCUAAUGUAAAGCUCUACCUUGCAGGCCCUGUUAAUAUGCCUGCCUCCAAAGAUGGUUAGGUUGCUGGGCACUUUCAACAGUUGUCUCAUGGCUGUCCUGUGUGAGAUCAGGCAGACUUCAUUCCUCAGGCUUCUUACUAUGGUGUGACUCCACUGGGGGUUGUUGCUGUUGUUGUGCUUAUGCUGACUUUUAAUAGCAUUUUGAAGGAAGCAGCUGCUCUAAAUGCUCAAAACGGUUUAAAUAUUAGGUUUUAUUUUGUAUAUCAUUGUCAGGGGUUCAGGAGCAGAGGCAAGGGCAAGGGAGGAAACAGAGAGCGAGGGGGAGGAGGCAGAAGAAAAGAUGAGUGAUGACGACGACCCGAGAUCUCCGAGUCUUUCCAGUGAAUCAGAAGAUUCACAGAAAGGAGCACCAGUGGCCAGGGCAAGGGGGGAGCCUAGGGGGACACCCCAGGAAGAUAGAGCCAGAGGGGACUCAGAGGGGAGCAGUUGGAAAUCGGGACCAACGUCACCGCCAGAGAGCAGGGAAGAGGAAGGGCGCCAGGGAUCAAGCGCUGACAAAUCACAACAGGGGGGAGGGCACGAGUCAGGAGUGGCCACACCCCCAUCGGGGAGCGAAGAAACGGUCAGACGGAAGGUGGAAGGUUGGGCGCGCGCGCCAAGUUCAAAUGCACAGGAAGGUGGCGCAGUAGGCAGCCCGGAAAGGGAGCCAGGUCCUAAAGCCCGCCGAAAGGAGGGAGAAGAGUCAAGGAGUCAGCGUCAGCGUCAGAGGAAUCCCGGAAGGAAGAGACCCGGGGGCAGAGGGACCCAGAGAAGAACAGUCAGGCGGAAAAGGUGGAGCAGGGCUAGGAUAUUAAGUUGGUGUACAAGGGGCGGAGACUCAGACGGAGCUUCGCCGAUCUAAGCAUGAGACGUAGAGUUGCACGCAGCAGCUUGAGAAUGGAAACUGUAACUCAAUAAAGACUUUUGUUUAAUGAUCGCUGGCUAGCGUGAUCCUCUGUGAGCUAGGAUCUGGAAGCAGCUCUGACAAUCAUGAUAAGUCCAACAUAUAAACAAACAAACAAACAAACAAAGAGCAGCUGGAGAAAUCCCUGCAUGGCUUCACUUGAAAAGCAACAGGCAGGGAUCAGAGAGAAAUGCCACAAGUGUGGCAUCCAGAGCGUGGGGUAGUGUGGAAGCUGGAAUGACUGUUAAGGGGGGGGGAGGGAGGACAAUUACCGUAGCUUGGAAAAAAUGCAAUGACAGAAAGGGAUCAGGAAUUGCAUGAAAAAAGGACUCUGAACCAUUAGCAGAUCCUCAUAGAAUCAUAGAAGUCUUGGAAGGGACCCUGAGGGCCAUCUAGCCCAACCCUCUGCAAUACAGGAAUCUCAAAAUAUGGUCCUCCAUCCAGCUCUAUCUACAAGAACGGCAAAGACAGGAGCGUCUUACCCAUAGAGGCUAGUGGCGCAGGGCACCAAGUUCUGGAGGCUGCCAGGGAAGAGGCGGCGGCUGGACGUGGCGCCUCCUGGCAUCAACUCGACGCCUGCCUCCGCCAUGCCGCACUGAAGCAGCACCAUGCCCAGAGCCUCCGCCUGCCAUGGCCACCACGGCACGAAGCAGCCAGCUGAGCCACGAGCCUCCACGUCCAGCCUCCGCCUCUUCCCCUCCAGCCGCUGCCCGCCUCCUCCAGCUCUGCAAAGCUGUGCGUGUAGCCAGCAGCGCUGUCCUCCCUAAAAAAGAUUGGCAACUCUGGGGAAGGGGGGGCGGUGCCAGAGGGAUAUUUGCACCACGGCGCUGGAUAUGCUUAAGAUGGCCCUGUGCAAAGACAACCUGAUUAUUUUGUGAGGUAGCUGGGACUGAAGCAACAGGGCCCAAGAGUGUACAGUAUGAGAAGUAAUCCCAAGAAAGACAGGAGAUCAGAGAAUUCACAUCUCACUUUGGAUUUAUCAGUGCUGUCAUUUGUUGACUGGUGGCAGGGGCUACUAAUUAAAUGAGGUGAUAGUCAAGUUUUAUUUUUUUAUUAUCUUUCUCAUAAAUUUACACACCACAAUUGUAAAAAGCCUCAAAGCAGUUUAGAAAAAGAUAAAACAGUAAAAUCAUUGUUAAUUUACAACCAUACCUUAAAACAUACAAAAGUUAAAAUACUAAAACAGAUUAACCUUAUCUCAACUUUCUAAGCAUCUGGGUAGGCUUGUCUAAACAGGAAUGUUUUUAGCAGGCACCAAAAAGAGUACAGUGAAGGCACCUGCUUGCUCUCAAUAGGCAGGGAAUUUCAAAGUACAGGCGCCACCACACUAAACAAUCAGUUGAAUGGGCACAUGUUGGGUAAGGCAACCUCAUAGUUUUACUCAGAGCAGAUCCAUUUAAAUUAAUGGACCUAACUUAGUCGUGUUCAUUAAUUUAAAUGGGUCUACUCUGAGUAAAACUUAGUUAAAUACCACCCACGGGGUUCAGCUCAUGUUGCAAUUCAACUACUGGCUCAUCAGUUCCACUGAAAUAUGCUCUCAGUACAGAAUAAUUUUGACACAUCUGGAAAUGUCUGUUUUAUUUUUAUAUAUACUAACAGUGAACACAGUUCUAUUGAGAGCUUGUUCUUAAGGAGCUAAAAUGAUGCCAGCCUUGCAUGAGAAGGAAGUAGCAGUAGCAGCGGGUUGAGGGAGAACCCCAAAGUUUGCAGAAGUACCAAAACAAAAAACAAAAAAACCCCACACCUCGGGGAGGGGGGGAAUCCUAGUCCAAAUAGUCCAAUGUGGACCAAGCACACUCUGUGGGUAUGGAAUGCUGACUGGCUCUUGGGGAAGGGAAAAAGAAAACCGAGAGGGAGGUGGAUUGGGAUGGAGUGUCCUGAGCAGGAGCACUCGAUACUGCAAUGUCUUUUUCAAGUUCCCUGCUUCCAUGACGUAUUGAUUAUGUUUUAUUCCACAGCAUUUGUGAGGCACAUCAUGUCUGUCUAAACAGAUUUCUCAAGACACGUAGUUUGGUAAGUUCCUUCUGUACACGUGCUCUGGUUUCUGGUGGGUGCCUUUUAUUAUCUGCAUGUAGCCAGCAGUAGCACUGAGCUACUAUAGGCAGCAUCCCUACCAGUAUCAGCUGAAUUUCUGUGGGUGACAAUUUGAAAAGAGCUGCAUUGGUUUAUAAUACAAAAAGGACCCUGUGACAUUUAAUCCCUUUCAAGGGUUUGACACAACUGUAACAAGUACAUAAAUAAGGCAUGGCCCAGCCCAAGUGAAUUGUGUUUCAGUCCCACUUAGAGCAAUUCUGUCUCUCAUUAAAGUCCAUUAGAAGAGCUUCACUUGGGCUGGAUUGUGUCCACAAUUCCUGUCUAAUGCUGACUUUUCUCUAAGAUAAGGAUUUCUCUAUGAUUCUUAAACAUAGAUCAUAGGCACACAAAAAUAACUUAAUAGCAGCAUUGGGGCUUUAAUCAUAUUAUACAUUUCACUCUGGUCUCCAAAUAACCUGACAUAAACACUUAGGAUCUUAUGUGGUCUCAUCAGUAGAUCCAGAAGAUACCAAGUCAGCUAUGGUUGACCAGAAACAAGUUGUUAUCAGUCUCAGUUUUCAUAUCUGUAAAAUGGAACUAUUGCUGCCUACUCAUAGGGUUAUUUCAGAGAGAAAGUAUUUAUUGCAGGUUAUAGGCAUCCCCCCCCAACUUACAAUAAAAUACAGAAUCUAAUGAUAUUUGCUUUGCUUUUUGACAGAACAAGAUCAGUGGGCACUUGAGAUCUACAAAUCUAGGAAACUAUUGUUCCAUCCAGUAACACCAUCCUAGAGCCUUAAAGGAUUGUAAUAGAUGCCUUCCAAUCACCCCCUUUUUUAAAGCCAUCAGCAUCAGACACCAAUUGAAUCUCAAAGUUUUUACACUUCACAGAAGAAACACUUGCCAAGGCAAAUGAGGACUACAUUGCCACAGCUGUUAAGCCCAAUUAUCUUUUUUCCAUAUUGUCCACCAUGAAAACAGUGUAUGUUCUUGGCCGGGGGAAUACGAAUCUGAUAAUAAAUCUCUGUGGUCAGUGAAUGGCUGGAAAAUCUUUCUUUAAUCUGUUCAGAUCCCCAUUAAAACAAAUUUGAAGUCUUAAUUUAUUUUCUCUAUAUGUUGUAUUCCAUACAAUAAAGUUUUAUCAAAAAAAGAUAUUAUCUGAGGUUCAAUUUGAUUUCAUGUAGAGCAGUUUUAAUUCCUUGGGGCUGAGAGAUAGAGUGAAUUUUUUAACAGUUCUUCAAUGGUUUCAAAUUUUUCAUUGGAACAUAUUCCAUUCUUAUCCAAGAAAACUUCAGAAUGUCCAUUAAUUACUUUAAUUGGCCAGUACAUUCUUUACAACUUAUUAAUUGAAGGGACAGGUGCCAGGCAGCUGAUGAAUAAGUAAUUAAAUUAUCUCUGUCAUAGGCAUGUGCCCUUUAGCAUCUUCUCAGUUCCUUGUGGCUCAAAGGAAUGGAAGGAAAGCGCAUGUGGUAAUGGUAAUGUCUCUUCCUACCAAAGUAGGUAGCAAAAGUCAGAAGCAACAGAUUCCAUUGAAUUUAGAGAGGUUGACAAAUAGUGCCCUUUAAAAAUGUGUUUAUAAACUAUUUUAGGAAUGCCACUAAAAUGCAUUUGCCACAUUGAACUUAAAAGCUAACUUGCACCAUGCAAAAUAGCUCAUUUAGAAUUUUCUAAAGUGGGAUUUUGUAAGACUGAGCCAUAAAGUAGAACUUCCAGUUUGAAUCAAACACAGAGCCUAACAUCAUCAGCUUGGACAUGGGAGAUCUGUGAUUCAAAUCAGAAUUUUACAAAAAAUGUGAGACCCAACAACAAAUAUUUUCAUUUUAACUGCAUUUCAAAUGUGAGUAAAAAAUUAUUGGGCCACCUAAUAAUCACAGCCACUUGUGUUAAUUUCUAUGUUGGCAAUGAUAAAACAAGGUUUAUUUCAUUUGUAGUACAGAGUUAAGACCUUGGUUUAAUCUUACUCUUUGAUGGCUGCUGUAGAGUAAUUAAACAACAAAGCUACAUCAUUACUGGCAUACCUUGGGUCUCAGCUGUGACACUUUCCCCAUCCCCUGGGCACAUAUAAAACUACUUUAAGCCCCUAGCCAAGUGUCAGCUUAUUCCACAACAGUCUGUCUUAACCUUAUUAAAUUUCUACAUGUGAAAUGGUCAUAACUCAAGAGGCACCAGGUGCAUCAGCGAGGUGGGGUUUGAGAAGCAAUGUAAUCCUUAAUGCGCCAGCCAGCUGUAGAAGUGGGUGGUGUCAGGUUUCCAUGUCUUCCUCCACCAAACCCCCUCACCACCCCCAUGUUCCUAUUUUAAACCCUGGCAUGCAGGCAAAUGUCCAAAUUAAUAUUUGCACUAGUUUGUGCAUGGAUAGGCUGCCAACCAUUCAUAACACAGUCUCCAUAAGUAGAAGAACAGCUAAGCCAUUUUGUGCAUGCUUGCAGACGGGAAAGAAGCAACUUCUACCUGAUUCCUGACAAUUAGAUUCUCUCUAGGAAUCUAGGUUUGCGGGGUUAGUUCCUAUAUUUAAUUGGGAUGCAGGGUGAAGGUAUUGAGAAAUCAAACUUGAAUUUUUUAUUUUUAAUGAACAUUAAGGAUGUAUUAGACACUGCUUUCAUUGAGUUUGGAAGGGCAUACAUGAUGUGUUGCCCAUUCUUCCCCUCACAUCUCUGGAACAGGCAAGGCUGAGAAAUAGUGACUGUCCCAAACACUUAGCCAUGAAGGGUUAGCAAUAUGAAGCCAUUUCCCCCAGUCCUAGUGAGACACUCUAACCACUGUGCGAUACAUCUGCCUAUACAUUUGUUCUUCAGGAAGAAAUAAGAAAAAGAGUAGGCUGCUGUCUAAUAACUUUAAUUUGGCUAUUACAUCUACCUGUCAGACUGGGUAGCCAUACAAUGUCACAGGCAGGUUGAGGGGAAUAAUAGAAUCAUAGAGCUGUAAAGUUGGAAGGGACCCUGAGGGUCAUCUAGUCCAACCCCCUGCAAUGCAGAAAUCUCAGCUAAAGCUGAGUUUGCGUUUAAGGAAAGCAGGGCUUUAGCAUUUUCCCCUCAAAUCAUAUUUCUGUUGCUUCUACACUAGUCCUCAACAGAGAUCAUACACAGAGCAUGUGACACAAACACUGCUCACCAAAAAAGUGAUGCUGUAUUCUGAAUAAUUGUGUAAGGAAAAGCAGUGUUCAAUGUGCAGAGGCAUCACUGCACCUGUUAAUCCAAAAUCGUAUUUGUUCUAUUAAAGGACUGUGACUUAGCUAAAGUUAGCCAUGAAAUGAACCCAAGUGAGCAAUUUAGGCAUGAUUAAAUCCCUGUGCUUUCAAUGCAAUUAUCAGGCGUGGCCAGACUUGGCCCGCCUGAUAUUUUGGGACUACAACUCCCAUCAUUCCUAGCUAACAGGACCAAUGGUCAGGGAUAAUGGGAAUUGUAGUCCCAAAACAUCUAGAGGGCCGAGUUUGGCCGUGCCUGGAUUUAGUUGAAGAGUCAGACACGACUAAACAACAACAGCAACAGCCUGGAGAAGAGGAGGUUAAGGGGUGAUAUGAUAGCCAUGUUCAAAUAUAUAAAAGGAUGUCACAUAGAGGAGGGAGAAAGGUUGUUUUCUGCUGCUCCAGAGAAGCGGACAUGGAGCAAUGGAUCCAAACUACAAGAAAGAAGAUUCCACCUAAACAUUAGGAAGAACUUCCUGACAGUAAGAGCUGUUCGACAGUGGAAUUUGCUGCCAAGGCCCUGAUUUAUUAGCAUAUUCAAAAUUCUUUUGCUUCAUCCUUCUUAUAUUCCAUUCUACUUCUUUGUUGAUUAUCAUCGCAAACUGUGUCUGUAGCAUUUUAAUACUUUGCUUCACCUUCUCAUCCUUAGGUCUUAUAGUUAAUUUUUUUCAUUCUCCAUAAUUUGUCUUAAAAUUUCUUUUUCCCCUUUUUCUCUCAUUCUGUUUUUAAUUGCAUUUUGUUGAAUAAAAAAUCCUCUCAUAACGGCUUU